AUGGCGCCCAAAACCGUCUGCAUCGUCGGCGCCGGACCCUCGGGUCUCGUAGCCGCCAAGACGCUUCUCCACCACGCCUCCGGCUCGGGCCCCGGCUUCUCCGUCACCGUGUACGAUGCCCAGCCCCGGAUCGGCGGCCUCUGGCCCGUCGAGAAGACAGAUGGCGCGGGUCUCGUGCACCCUCUCAUGGUCCUCAACCAGAGCCAGAACACUGUGCAGUUCAGCGACUUGGCAUGGGACAGCAAUGCGCCGCAGCUUCCGAGGGCCUGGCAGGUUGGGAGGUACCUGCAGAAGUAUCUGAGGAGGUACUGCGCCUUUGAGGAGGACAGGUUUCGCUUGAGGCUUGGUUGGAAGGUGGAGACGACACUGCCUCUCGAUGAGCAGUCUGGUAGGAGGUGGCGGGUGACUGCAAGGUCAGAGAACGGUGUUGUGGAUGAGGGCGAGUACGACUACCUGCUCAUCGCCUCUGGCUUCUUCGGGAAGCCAGCUACACCCGAAGUCUCAGGGCUAAGAGAGGCGCAUGGGAUCCCAGUGGUGCACAGCAGCCAGUAUCGCGACCUCGAGACCCUGCUACCGAACGCGACUGGGGACGGAGGCAAGAUACUCGUUGUUGGUGGGCAGAUGUCGGGUGUGGAAAUUGCUGGCACCAUUGGCUCGCAUCUUUCCUCUGCCGCCAACUCCCCAGGUUCGAAACAGCUACCGGGGGCAGAGAAAUACAAGAUACACCACAUCAUCCAACGGCCGACAUGGGUGUUUCCGUUAUUUACUUCACCUGUCGCCGCCAGCCCUGCCGCACCGUUCCUGCCCCUCGACCUCCCAUCCUACAAUCUGGCCAACCGACCGCAGCCACUCACCAACUCUCAGGGCCAUAUCAGCGUGGAAGCAGCUCAGAUAGUCAAUGGUAUCUACAAGAGCGUGCUAGGCACCAAUCAGUCUGAGUUCUCGCCGCUCCUCGCCCCCACCGACCAAGACAUCGAUAACCCGCCCUACCUCACCGUCAGCGACUGGUACAUGGACUUCGUCCGCACGGGGUUGAUUGAGCUUUCGCAAGGCAAGUUAUCUUCCAUUUCCGGGAAUACUGCCACUGUUUCUUCAUCCUCCUCGCACACCGAGACCACGAGCGUCACCGACAUUGCCGCCAUCGUCCUUGCGACAGGUUUUGAAGCAGCCCCUUCACUCGCCUUCCUCCCAACCGAAAUUCAACGGACCCUGGCGGUCGAUCCCUCCAACCUCGAUAACACGGUCCUCCUCGCGUUUCACGGCACCCACCACCCCGACGUCCCGAACUUGGGCUUCGUCGGCUUCUACCGCAGCCCAUACUGGGGCGUAAUGGAGAUGCAGGCUCGCUUCCUGACCGAGCUAUGGGCGCAGCAGCAGCAACCAGGCGGGCAUCUCAGCCCCUCGAUGCAGCACGCCCUAGCUAAUGACACGUCCAUCCCGCGAUUCACAGCCCUCCGCACCGACGCCCGCGUGUCGCAGUUCCCAAUGGGUGACUACGCCUUCCUCAUGCAGGAGUUUGCCUCAGCGCUUGACCUGGGCAUCUUCAUGACUGUGGGAGAGACGCCGCCGCUCCCGCAGACAGGCCUGCCGAUGGAUAUCCUCACGCCGGCGCGGUACGCGUCCAAGGGCCUGACGGCUGCGCAGCACGUGGAGUUGGACAGGAGCCUGCGGCAGACGCAUGAGACGGCCGUCGCGGGGCUAGCCCGGGGCAAGUUCGUCGCCAGGGCCGUCUUCAGGUCUCUGCUGGGCGAGUGGCAGCUCGAGCGCGACCUGGUGUCCAAGUUGCCAUCGCACCCCAGUGGCCACUGGAGCGGGACGGCGCGGUUCCUCCUCCGGCAGGGCACCGCGGAUGGGAAUAGGUGCGCGGUCAAUGGGACUGCCAAUGGUGAGUCGGCCGACCAUGAUGAUCAAGAUGACGACGACCCGGGCUUGGAGUACCUAUACAUCGAAGAGGGCAACUUUACCGCCACCAACGGGAUGACCUUCCGCGCCACGAGGAGGUACAUCUGGCGGUACGACGAGAAGACCGACAAGCUGAGCGUGUGGUUCGCGCGCACCGGGGACAAGUUCGCGCGGAACGACCCGCAGCGGGAAGAAGAGCAGAUGAGGGCGGACUACCUCUUCCACGAGAUCGAGUUCCUCGUACCCGAGGGCCACGAGCACGGAGACUACAGCGGUGAGAAGGGAUGGCAGGCCAAGUCGGACCAUCUCUGCAUCGAUGACUUCUACGAUGUCAAGUAUGAGUUCUGUUUCAAUGCUGUUAAUCUCAAGGAGUGGAGGCUUGGGUAUACGGUCAAUGGGCCGCAGAAGGAUUAUACCAUUGAUGGGAUAUAUAGAAGGAAACCUGCGCGUUCAUAA